UCUCUCUCUCAACUCGAGAGACUAGCUCUGUAUGUAUGUGUGUGAGAAGAGAGAGAGAGUUGUUAGCUCACACGCUUUAGCUUAAACACAAAGUUUUCGCAUUUUUGCUUUCUAUUUUCUCGGAAUUCACAAAAAACUGAAAGUUUCAACCUUUACGAAAAUUAGGCCGAAAGAAACAAUCUUUGAGUUUGAUUUCUUCUUUCUUCUUUCUUCUUCUUCUUCUCUAAUGGAUUCCAGAGAUAUCCCACCACAACCACCGUCACAGCUUCAAACUGGUAUGUUAAUGUCUCAUUACCGUAACCCUAACGCCGCCGCUGCUGCAUUGAUGGUUCCCACUUCCACAUCUCAAUCGAUCCAACAUCAUCGUCUUCCUUUUGGCAAUCUAGCUCCUCAACAACAAUCUCAAACGUUUCAUCAACAACAAAUGGAUCAGAAGACCCUUGAAUCUCUUGGAUUUGGUGAUGGAUCGCCUUCUUCUCAGCCGAUGCGAUUUGGGAUCGAGGAUCAGAAUCAAAAUCAUCAACCACAAGCGAAGAAGAAGCGAGGUAGGCCGAGGAAGUACACUCCUGAUGGUAGCAUUGCUUUAGGCUUAGCUCCGACGUCUCCUCUUCUCUCCGCCGCUUCUAAUUCUUACGGUGGUGGUGGUGAUGGUGGUGUUGGAGAUAGUGGUGGUGGUGGAGGAGGAAAUGGGAACUCUGCUGAUCCACCUGCUAAACGUAACAGAGGAAGACCUCCUGGUUCUAGCAAGAAACAGCUUGAUGCUUUAGGAGGAACUGCAGGAGUAGGGUUUACACCUCAUGUCAUUGAAGUGAAGACAGGAGAGGACAUUGCGUCAAAGGUGAUGGCUUUUUCGGAUCAAGGGCCAAGAACAAUAUGUAUUCUCUCUGCAAGUGGUGCAGUUUGUAGAGUGAUGCUUCGCCAAGCUUCUCAAUCUAGUGGAAUCGUUACUUAUGAGGGACGAUUUGAGAUUAUUACUCUCUCAGGCUCGUUCUUGAAUUAUGAGGUAAAUGGCUCCAUGAACAGAAGUGGUAGCUUGAGUGUCUCUUUGGCUGGACCUGAUGGCCGGAUUGUAGGUGGCAGUGUAGUUGGUUCGCUGGUAGCUGCAACACAAGUCCAGGUCAUAGUGGGAAGCUUUGUUACGGAAGCAAAGAAACCUAAACAAAGUGGCGUCAACAAUGCUCGCGGACAGAAUCCUGAACCGGCUUCAGCGCCUGCUAACAUGUUGAACUUUGGAUCAGUCUCUCAAGGGCCAUCGAGCGAGUCAUCAGAGGAGAACGAGAGCGGUUCUCCAGCAAUGCACCGUGACAAUAAUAAUAAUAAUAAUGGGAUUUAUGGAGGUCAACAACAACAACAGCAACCUCUUCAUCCUCAUCAGAUGCAAAUGUACCAACAUCUUUGGCCUAAUCAUGGUCAAUAAAACGAAUUCGCUCUGAAAACUCCAUCUCGGUAUUUCGGUUAUGGUUAGGGUGGAAUUGAUCUUUGAGGAUAGUAUGAUCUCUUCUUGUUGCUUACACGGUCUAAAGAAGAUUCAAGCUUAAUCGUUUCUUUGUAGCAUUUUUUUUUUGGGGUUAUUAGAUAACAAAAAAUAUAGAUAGAUCUUGAAAUUAGUGUUCUUUCAGUUUUUA